CUGUACAUAGCAUAAAUAUUGUUGGUCAUAGUUAAUAACCAUGAAAAUAAGACUGAUAUAGGACAUGUCAUGUACGCUUCAGUCUAGAAUCCAAUGGAAACCCCCAAAAAAGUCGAGCAUGCAGGAGGUUUUUACUUUCAUGCAGUCUCAAUGUUAUUUUAUUAGUGAACUUUUCAGCCCCCCACACUGACAGACUAACAUUAGAGCGAGAGAGCGAGAGAGAGAGAGAAAUCUACAUUAGAGGCAACUUUUCUAUUUAGUGUUUAUGUUAAUGAUGAAUUAAUUAGUGUUAAUGUCACUGAUAUUGAUCAUGGAACUGUAAUUAAAAUUUACAGUCCUUAAUGUGAGAUACUGUUUGGUCACACUUUUGGUAUCUGCUUUAUUCUGGUCUUGGGUGGGAUGAGCAUUAAUUACUGUGUGAGUGGGUGGAAGUAAGAUUUAAAACAACAGUAACAAAAAAACCCAAAAAAAAAAAAACAGUCGCGCACACACCUCUGGUAAAAGGAUCAAUGUGGAACCAGAAGUGAGUGCAUUUUCUACACAUCAUUUUAAGUUUCUUUGUUUGUUUGCAGGUGUCUCGGCAUGGCAAGCGGACCCAGUUUGAUUUGGGCACUUCUUAAUCUUUGCAUCUGUUUUCUGCUGGCAGAAUCUACUUCAAAAUGCUUCAUUAAAGGUGAUGAAGCCUAUUGUGCCCUGAAAAACCUGUAUAAGGUGCCAGUUUUGCCUCCCUAUAUAACUUACUUGGAUCUAACCUUAAAUUACAUUAGUGAAAUCCAUGAGAAAUCCUUCUAUGGUUUGGAAGCGCUACAAAUCCUAAUGAUCCAGCAACAGGAAAGACGACUUGUCUUGAGAAAUAAUGCCUUUAGUGGACUGUCCAAUCUGACACGACUUGAUCUGGCAUACAACAAAGACCUACAAGUGGAUCCAGGAGCAUUUAAUGGAUUAUUCAACCUUCGGGUACUCAAUCUUACAGAGUGCAAGUUAAAUGGCUCUAUUCUUUCAGGAGACUACCUGAGACCUCUGGUGUCGCUGGAGCAGCUUUCACUAUCUGGAAAUAAUAUACUUAAAAUCCGUCCCGCAUCUUUCUUCGUCAACAUGAGCAAACUGCAUAUCGUAGACAUCUCUCGUAACUGGAUUAACAGUUUUUGUGAAGAAGAUUUGUUCCAUUUCCAGGGGAAACACUUCACUCUCCUCAAACUGCACAAUAUCAAAAUGACUGACAUGACUCCGUAUUGGUCUGGAUGGAAUAAAUGUGGAAACCCGUUCAAGAACAUGUCUAUGACGCUGCUUGAUUUGUCUCAAAACGGCUUCAGCGUUGACGUCGCAGUGCUGUUCUUCAAAGCAAUCAGAGGAACCAAAAUUCACACUCUGAUCCUUAAUCACAGCGGCAGCAUGGGAAAGGGAGUUUGGUACAACAACCAGAAAGACCCAGACCAGAACACAUUUACGGACUUGUCCGAGAGUGGCGUUAAGGCUCUGGAUCUGUCCAAUGCUAGAAUUUUUGCUCUUAGAAAUUCGGUAUUCCGUCAUAUGCCAGAUCUGGAGGAAAUCUCAUUAUCUGCUAAUUCAAUCAACCAAAUUGAAAGAGAUGCUUUUUAUGGACUGGACAAUUUAAGAACGCUCAAUCUGUCUCAUAACCUUUUGGAUAAAAUUGAUUCCGGAACAUUUAAAAAUGUACGAAGUCUUGAGACACUGGAUUUAUCUAAUAAUAACAUAAGAAUACUUGGGUCUGAGUCAUUUCAAGGACUGCCCAAUUUGGUUCACCUAUCUCUCUCUGAAAAUUCAUUACAGUAUGUACAUACAUUAGCACGCCUUCCACAGCUCAAAAAGCUCUUCUUAGACAGUAACAAAAUCACAUCCCUGUAUGGCCUUCCAAGACAAGCAAGAAACGUCACAACGAUUGAUUUGCGGAACAACAGAUUGAGAAAUGCCGAGGACGUCUACACCAUAUUAGUGGAAUUCCCCAAUAUUGAAACGAUUUUUCUUGGAGGCAACGUGUUUUCAUGGUGUGUUCUUAAUGCUAAAUAUUCCGUUUCACCUUUAAACAAGGUACAAUUUCUCGACCUCCACAUGACCGGCUUGCAGAACCUCUGGUUACAAGGACGGUGUCUCGACAUGUUUGACCACCUUCACCAGCUGCAGACGCUUCUUCUUCAGCAAAACAUGAUACAUUCUCUUCCCAAAGACAUUUUCAAAGGACUCACCUCGUUAAACACUUUAGAUUUAUCCUUCAAUUCCCUAACCUACAUACCUAACGAUAUAUUUCCUAGAAGUCUGAGGAUACUCAAGCUUGCUCACAAUCAUCUCGGUUCUGUUGAUCCACAAGCCUUCAGCACGCUGACCACAUUAGAGUUGUUUGGAAACCGCUUUCUGUGUGAUUGUACCCUGAGAGACUUCCAGAGAUGGUUGAGUCAGACGAAUGUGAAAAUGUUUACCCCUGCUGGGAAACUGACAUGUGCGUAUCCCGAACAGCAGCGAGGAAAGUCUCUUCUGCAUGCUGCAUUGUGCAAGGACAAAAAGUAUUGAAAAGAAUGAAAGAGUAUAUAUAUAUAUAUAUAGAGAGAGAGAGAGAGAGAGAGAGAUGUUUAUUUCUUAUUGAUAAUUAUUGUGUGAAUUUAACCCAUGAUGUACAAACCUGCUCAUAAAUAUGUUCUAAUAUGUAAUAAUCGUCUCCUAUGGUAUCACUACUAAUGUAAUAGCGAUGCUGACAUGAACCUGUUCACUGUCUGACAUUAUAAGGAAUAAAACACAACAGCACAUGCUGUUUUAGGAA